UGUUUAGUGCCAGCAUAUACUUGUACGUUUACAGUGUACGCCUUAUAAACACAAUACGAUACAUCACAGCACCACAACUACUCGCACUGCGUUGAGCGCAGUUUAGUCUCGCAGAGUGAUCAACUUGACAUCGACUUAUCGUGCGGUGUUGUGUGCAGCAGUCGUGCGGUAGUUUUUUUCGCACGAAUAGCAGUGAAAACUGUGUGUCGCAUUGUUGUACGUACGCGAUACUAGCAGCAGGGGCAGCUACUGCAGUUUUCCGCGCGACGACUCCGAUAUGCCUUCAUAAAUGUAACGCGACCAGCUAGCUAAUAUACCUGUCAGCUUGUACGCUCGCGUACAUAAUAAAAUAAAGUGUCCGCGAACUGCGCUUUUCCAGUUUACGUGCGCGCGAUCAGCAGUGUCUAUUAUUGCGUGCGUACACCUAUCGUCUCUCUCGAGCGCGACUCCGAUAUAUUACUGUGUAUAGGUACAACGGCACGCGCACCGCACCCUAAUUCCAGCCUAGCGCGACCCGUAUAUCAACACACAGUGAUUCACGAUCGUGUGCAGUUGUCCCGCACCUGGAUUCGAGGUUACACGUAGCGCGGCCACAUCGGGGAGAAUUAUUACGGCUGCUGCUGCACUGUUUACAUCAGCUGAAGCGACUUAUAUAGUUCGACGUGCCUACAUCAGUAAAUGACGUAUACUGCCAGUUUCGUUAGACUGAUCUCGAAGCAUACCAGCAACAUUGGACCAUCUGGUUUUUCCGCUUAUUUACAAUAAAGAAUCGACGUAGCUCUUACCGCGGUGUACGAUAGCUGCUCCGAAUUGACAGGUGUCGCUAAUUUCUUAUCUUUUACUGACAUUGUCUUUCCUCCAACGCGUAUGAUUCAUUCAUCUGUGCUUUGAGCCUGUCAUAUACGUUUUUCUUACGUGUCUGAACAGUGCAUCCAUCGUUUCUAUUUUCCCCAUACAACGUUACAAGCUAAUAGCUUGCAUCGCCUACAAUCACCAUGUCGUUCUUUGGUGUAAAUGUCACUAAUCCAUUCAGUUCGCCUGUUGGUCAGCGAAUAGAACAAGCCACAGAUGCUAGUUUACCUAGCGAAAACUGGCAGUUGAAUAUGGAAAUCUGUGAUAUCAUUAACGAAACAGAGGAUGGACCCCGAGAUGCCAUAAAAGCCAUUAAACGUAGACUAAAUCAAGCCGCUGGCAAAAAUUAUACCAUUGUUAUGUACACUCUUACUGUUUUGGAAACUUGUGUAAAGAAUUGCGGAAAGAGAUUUCACGCUGUUGCCUGCACACGAGAAUUUGUUCAAGAAUUAGUUAAGCUCAUAGGUCCAAAAAAUGAGCCCCCUACAGCAGUGCAAGAAAAAGUACUGAAUCUCAUACAAAGCUGGGCUGAUACAUUCAAAAAUCAACCUCACACCCAGGGUGUUGUACAAGUUUAUCAAGAGUUAAAAUCCAAAGGUAUUGAAUUUCCAAUGACCGAUCUAGAUGCAAUGGCUCCUAUCAUCACUCCAGAAAGGAGUGUCCCGGAUGCCACCGAUGCACCCGGAGCCGUGGCAGCCGCACUGAGCGGCCAGCAACGCAGCGUGCAACACUCGUCGGAAUCGGCGGCAGUGGCCGCCGCAGCCGCGGCCUGCGCCCGACAACCCAUCCAGCCGACCGAGCAGCAAAUGCUGAAGCUUCGGGGCGAGCUCGACACGGUCCAGCGCAGCAUGCGCGUCUUCAGCGAGAUGCUGGCCGCCUACUCGAACACAACGGCCUCAGAAGCCAGCAACGACAAGGCCUUGGCCGAGGACAUCGAACUCUUGAUAGAGCUGUACAACACGUGCACAGUCAUGCAGGAGCGGGUCGUCGAUCUAAUCGGCAAGCUGGCCCACGACGAGCUGACGGCCGAGCUCUUACAGAUCAACGACGAGAUGAACAAUCUGUUUCUGCGUUACACUCGUUUCAUGAAAAAUCACAGAGUCACUUCGUCGACGCCGAGCGCGCUCGUCGCUCAAGCUAUCGGCGGCAACGGUGGCACUCCCUCCGCCGCGGCUCUGAAAAAACAGAUGGAAGCCGCAGCGAGCGGCGGUGCGGGUGACGGUGCUUCGUCGUUCGCCCAGGCCGAGGCACUUAUCGAUUUGUCCGAAGCCGAUGGCGAGGCUGCCGCUGGAGCUUCUGCUCUCUCGAUGGACGCGAUGAAUCAGCGAAUGGGUGCCAUUGGUCUGGAAGACGAUUCAGCAAAAUCACGAAGGAAGGAUGUAAAAGAUGAAUUUGAAGCUUUUGCUCAGUCUCGCACGACCGGUAGCUCCGACUCCACGAGAAAUAAAAAAGAACGACGAGAUGAUCAGGACGAGUUGGACGCCUCCAAAACAGACGCGAAAAAUUCCUAUGUAACUUCGCCUGAAUUUGAACGAUUUCUCGCUGAGCGUACGGCAGCAGUCGCAGCUGAAGUAGCUGGUGGAGCUGGAGCUAUUGGCAGUAGCACUGGAGCGAUUCAGCGGCAACAUAUUGAUGAAAAAUAAAUUUCUUGCUUAGCAAGAUUUUUAAUCCGAUCGAUUAAUUGUUUCGUUAAACUAUUUACAUAUAAUGACAUGAGAAGUUGGCAUUUUGAUUUGUUAUGUAUUAUACCAUAGUUUCAAUAAGACUGUCUAUAUACAACUCGUUAUUCUAUAUAUUUAAAACGAUUGAUUUGAUUUACUCGAAAUUUUUACUAUAUAUAUUUUUCAUUUACAUUAUUUGUUAUGCAGUAUUUUCGUAGUCAAAACAAAAACAUAUUAUUAACUCAAGCAUCACGCAAUCGAUUUAUUUUAAUUAGUUGACGCUAAUAAUUCCAUAUUUCUGUAAAAAUGUCAGAAUAUUUCAAGUCCGAAAUGGUGUCGGUUAUUGUUAAUAUUUGUUGAUUAACUUUGUUAGAUAAAUAAUUCAAAAAUGGCAAAAAUACUAUUUUUAACGUAUACUUUUAUGUUUUUAUGGAAUCUGGCUUCAGGAUUGACUUAUAAUAAUUACUUGUGAGAUAUUAGCAAUUUUUUAUAUAAAAUAAAUAUGUCUAAGUAAAUUUAAUUUAAUUUGUCUAAACAUCUAUAACAUUAAUAGAAAUGUCGCUAUGAAUUCCGGACACAAAUAUAUAACAGUUUUUAAAGAUUUCAAAAUUAAAAUAAUUCAUGCUAAAUUGCGCCACAACCAAUUUAUUUGAUUUAGUUAGCGAUUCAAACUAUAUCACGGAAAUAAUUGAAUACUUAUACAUCUGUCUAAAGAUACUUUUUAAAAUCAUUUUUUCCUCAUGAAAAAUUGUUAAAAAUUUUGUAAAUUAUUUUGCUAAAUCCUGAUGCUGAACUUUUAAAGUUUUUCAGGGCUUGAUAAUUUAACUACCUAGUGUUUUACAGUUCAAUAAUAAGUAUUAAUUAUUUUUGAAUUGCAUUUGAGGUUUAAUCAAUUAAUCAGAUGAAUUAUAUAAAGUAUUUUUGAAAUUGUAACAAGUAUGAUUUAUACUGAAUAUUUUGAGUGAUAUUUAUAACUGUGUGAAUGAAUGUGCUUAAUAUAAAGAAAUUGUGAGCCCUUUUUCUUUUUUUUAGAUUUUCUUUACAUAAAUAUAGAGUUUUAACUGUUUGUUAAAAUUAUUAUUUUUAUUUUUGAUGUUGGUUACUGUUUUCUUUAUAAUUUUAUUGUCCAUUAUUUUUGGCUUUUGUUUACUUAGCUGCUUCUGUCGUAGCAUUUUUUUGCUUGUUGACGCCAUAAAACGGUCUUAACACAUUUUUUCAUGGCUAUUGAUUAUAGUUCUCAUGUUAUAAAAUAUUGUGAGCAACUUGUGUGAAUAUUGCUCUUUCAUCGAAAUGUUUCAAUGCACUCGCGUUUGAAUCAUGCGACCUCGAUUACCUGAAGAAGCAUAUUUAUAUACCUGCUGAAUAAAUUACUAUUCAGUUAAAGGGUUUACCUACCGUUUGAAAAUAAAAUCUUUUAACUAUAUACAUGUUUUAUAAAAUCACUACAUGUAAGCAGAAAGACACUUUUCUGUAAUAGUGUUUAUAAAAUCGUAAAGAUGUUAGAUACAUAAGAAAAUGUUAGGGUACUUGCAUUAACACUUGAAGUCUAGUAAGUUGAUACUUAUUAAUAAAGGAAAUGUUUUUCAACUACCAAAAGCUACUAAGAAAACCAAUAAAAA